GCAGGCCUGGAGUCAGAAGCCACAUGUGGCUCAAGGCAGAGCAUGAGAAGCACGCAGCUCCUGGUGGGGAAGGGACUGGUAAACGUGCUUAGAGACCAGGUCAUGUCUGCACCUGCCCCAGUUGCUUGGCAGAUUGGCAAGGCAGGCUGGCAGGGCCUGUGCGUGGGAGGCAGCCGGCAGCAGCACCAUGUGCUGACGACCUCACAGCCACACUCCCCCUGGUUAGCACUGAGUGUCAGAACCACCCCCAGAACCUCAGUUAAGCAAAGGGGUUGGUUUCCAUGGAGACACAGCAUCCUUUCUCCAUGGCAACCUGAAAUCCCAAAACCCAAGUUAGACUCAGGAAUGAGUCAUGUGUGACCAGUAGGGGGUGCUCUCCCACAAGGCUGACCCACAAGGCAGGGACGGAUGAGCAACUGACCACAGACUUAAGGUGACCCAAAGGCGAGGCUUGUGCCUAUGGGGACUGAGCCAGUCGUGCUUAACCCCUCCCCACCCAGCUGCACUGGGUGAGGAGGCUGGCAGACUGCAGGAAGCACUGUGCAGAGGUGGUGCUCUGCAGCUGGGGCUCCCAGAGUGGCGCUGACAUGGAAGGGAUCCUUGCUUCUUGAACCUGGAACUAGAACAGUGAGCGAGCUGUCACUGGCCAGGAGGAAUGGGGCCAGGCAGAGUGGACACACAAGAGUUAAUGGUUGGGGUGUGACAGGGCGAACCGCCCUCAGGAAGUGUUACUCACCACCGGGAAUGUGCGGGAAUGUGCGCCGCCUGUGCCUUGGGGGCUGGAUUCUCUUCCUGAGUCCCAGAGAAGCCAAAGGAGCUCCCAGCCAUGGAAGACGCUGGGCAGCCAGGAACACAUCCUCUCAGAGACCCCUGCCGGAGCUUCACUCCUGGGCACCUGGAGAGAGAAAAGUUAGUGAAGUUGAAGGGACAGCCAGGCCAGCCCAGGACCCGCUAUAUGACAUACCAGACACCAGCCGGGGGCAGACAGGUGGACCCCAGCAGCCGGCACGCACUGUGAGCCUGCGGGAGCGCCUGCUGCUCACCCGACCCGUGUGGCUGCAGCUGCGGGCCAAUGCAGCAGCUGCACUGCAUGUGCUGAGGACCGAGCCCCCAGGGACAUUCCUGGUGCGGAAAUCGAACACUCGCCAGUGCCAGACUCUGUGCGUGCGGCUACCAGAGGCCAGUGGCCCCUCUUUCGUCUCCAGCCACUACAUCCAGGAGAGCUCUGAGGGCAUCUCCUUGGAGGGCUCAGAUCUCCUGUUCCCCGAUCUUGUUCAGCUCAUCUGUGCCUACUGCCACACCCGAGACAUUCUUCUCCUCCCGCUCCGGCUCCCCAGAGCCAUACACCAGGCAGCCACCCACAAGGAGCUGGAGGCUAUCUCCCAUCUGGGCAUUGAGUUCUGGAGCUCCUCUCUCAACACCAAGGCUCCGCAGGGCCCACCUGAAGGCCCACCCCUGCCCAGGCUGAAGGCCCGAUCCCCUCAGGAGCUGGACCAGGGCACUGGCGCUGCCCUCUGUUUCUUCAACCCCCUGUUCCCAGGAGACCUGGGCCCCACCAAGCGAGAGAGAUUCAAGAGGAGCUUCAAAGUGCGGGUGUCCACAGAGACCUCUAGUCCCCUGUCACCACCUGCUGUGCCACCUCCCCCAGUCCCUGUGCUGCCAGGGGCCAACCCCAGUCACACAGAAAGGCUGCCCCCUGGGCGGCUUCUGAGAAGGGAGAGCUCAGUGGGGUACCGUGUGCCUGGAGGCACCAGCCAUGUCCUCCCACUCCUGCCCUCCCUCCAGGAGGUGGACUGUGGCUCUCCCAGCAGCUCUGAGGAAGAGGGGCCAGCUGGGUCCAGGGGGAGUCCCAUGACAUCCCCUGGCCUUGGCCGCCGCAGGCCUCUGCUCCGGUCCAUGAGCACUGCUUUCUGCUCCCUGCUGGCUCCGGAGCGGCAGGUGGGCCGAGCAGCUGCAGUGUUGAUGCAGGACAGACACACAGCUGUGGGCCAGUUGGUGCAGGACCUACUGACCCAGGUGCGGGCCAGCCCGGAGCCCCAAGAGCUGCAGGGCAUCCGCCAGGCACUGAGCCGGGCCCGGGCCAUGCUGAGCGCAGAGCUGGGCCCUGAGAAGCUGCUACCGCCAGAGAGGCUGGAACACAUCCUGGAGAAGUCCCUGCAUCGCUCAGUGCUCAAGCCUCUCCGGCCCAUCCUGGCAGCCCGCCUGCGGCGCCGGUUUUCUGCAGAUGGCUCCCUUGGCCGCCUGGCUGAGGGCCUCCGUGUGGCCCGAGUGCAAGGCCCUGGAGCCUUCGCGUCCCACCUGAGCCUGCCCUCCCCGGCGGAGACCGAGCAGGUGCGCCAGAAGCUGCUGCAGCUGCUCCGCACCUACUCACCCAGUGCCCAGGUGAAGCGGCUCUUGCAGGCCUGCAAGUUGAUCUACACGGCCCUGAGGACCCACGUGGGGGAGGGCGCAGGCGCAGAUGAAUUCCUGCCUCUGCUGAGCCUUGUCUUGGCCCAGUGUGACCUUCCUGACCUCCUGCUAGAAGCCGAGUACAUGUCGGAGCUGCUGGAGCCAGCUGUGCUCACUGGAGAGGGUGGCUACUACCUUACCAGCCUGUCGGCCAGUCUGACCCUGCUGAGCAGCCUAGGCCAGGCCCACACCCUCCCCCUCAACCCCUCCCAGGAGCUGCAGCGCUCCCUGAGCCUCUGGGAGCAGCGCCGCCUGCCUUCCACCCUCCACUUCCAGCACCUCCUUCGAGUAGCCUACCAGGAUCCUGGCAGCGGUUGUACCUCCAAGACUCUAGCUGUGCCUCCUGGGGCCUCAAUCGCCACCCUGAACCAGCUCUGUGCCACUAAGUUUCGAGUCAGCCAGCCAGAUGCUUUUGGCCUAUUCCUGUACAAGGAGCAGAACUACCAUCGCCUGCAGCCUGGAGCCCUGGCCCACAAGCUUCCCACAGAUGGCUAUCUGGUCUACCGCCGGGCAGAGCGGCCUGGGACCCCAGGGACUGCAGCAGAGGAGGCAGGCAGUGGGCAGCCAGUGUCAGGUAGCCAGAAUGAGGAGAAGGGGGUGCAGGGAGAUGAGGAUGUGGAAGCCAGAGCCAGCCCCAGGGACAGUGGGGGAGAGUCAGAGACAACUGCUGAGGGAGGAGAGGGUUAGGUCAGGGGGGACCUUCAAGAGCCAGAGGCUGCGGGAGCCAAGCAGCAGAGGAGUAGCUAGAAGGGGCCAGAAGCAUCACCUGGGGCAGAAGCCUCUAAGCUGGUGGGAAAGGCCCUCAUAGCCAUCAACCCCACCCCCCAAGGCCACAGCCUUCUUGGCAACCCCACCCAGCCAUCUCUGGUGUCCGCCACCACCUCUGAGUGGCACUUAUCUCCGUGAGCCUAUCUGCCAAGGAGCUGGGAGACUGGCCACCUCUGAGUAACUAGAGUAAAGUUGAGGAGGUUUGGGGGAUCCCAGACUGUGUUCAAGCACCCUUGCUUCUUGUUCUUCCUCCCCAGCCGCAGGGGUGAGUGUGCCCCACAGGGAACAGAUCAAUCUGAUGACCAACCUAUGGCAUGGGGGUGGUUUCCUUGCCUUCUGUGACAUAGGCAGGGCUACUGUGGACUUCGGGGCCCUGAAAAGCUCCAACUAUGCCUGGUGUGGGAAGGAGGCAGCAGAAUGGCAGCAGAGGACCUGCUUCCCCCAGCCUCAGCAUCCUCCUCUGCAAAGUGGGUACACUAUUGCUGUCCUGCCCUUCACCCAAAAGUGCUCGAGGGUCCUUAAUGGAUUGUUUCAUUGCAAAGCAGAGCUCUUACUAGGGGGAGGGGAGGUGGGCGUUAACAGCCCCCACCUGCUCUCAGGUGCCUGCUCCCUGCCAGGUGGGACCCUCUGCUGCACAGGAGUCAGACCAGUCAGACCCCGGGGAGAAAGUACCCUUGUUCCAAUCUUUCCCGAAAAUUGGCAGUCCUCCCGGGACUCCAGCAUCCCCAGGGAAUUGGGCAAGGGCAAUAAUGCUCACCAGUGGCCCAUGCGCUUCCAGGAUGGGGUGGAGGGCAGGUGGAGCUUGGAAAUCAUUUACUCUGCAUUAGAUCUUUUGGUCCUCACAAAAGCUCUGUGGGCAGGCAGGCUAUGUUCUUGCUGGCCCCACUGAGGUGUGGGAAGGCAGCUCCCAAGAGUCACACAGCAAAUCAGCCUCAAAAGGAAGCCCAGAAGAGGCUUCAAAUGUAAGCAAAGAAAAACCGCUGACCACCAACCACGAGGGGGCGUGCACAACCCAGAGAGCUGCUGAGAGCGGCUAGGAUAGCCAAGGGCCAUGGAGCACAAGUUUCUGUUUGCCACCAUGAAACAGCAACAGCGUGGGGGCUGAAGCUACUGGCCCUCAGGUCCUUCAGAGUUGGGUCUGGGUGAGGCCAGCCUCUCAGUGGCCAUUCUUCAGGAAAGGAUUGUCCCCAGAUGGAGGAGGGCCCCAAAGAGUCUCAGAGACACCACCCUGAGGUGCUAAGCACAAAGGGACAUCAGCCCAUGUGUCAGGCAUGACAACUGGGAAGUAAAAAUUGUGGACAUUUGCUUUCAGAUGAUCCAGAUAUAGCCCAGGUGCAGGGCUUCCAAAUUUUUCACUAGGUCCCAGAAGUUCUCCCCGCUUCCAGCUACUUGCUAGUAGGGAGUCUCCCCUUUAUUCUGUUGUAUGUCCUCCCCCUACCCAACCUCUGGCCCCAGAGCCUUACAGUGCUUAGCAUGCCAUAGGUGCUCAAUAAAUGUUGUCCCUUAA